AUGGGACCCCCCCAGUGGGAACCCCCCAAUGAGACCCCUCCCAAUGGGACCCCCCGGGAUCCCCCCAUGGGACCCCCCGAUGGGACACCCUCCCCGGGGUGCUGGGGGGGCCCUGGGGGGCGCGGGAGGGGGCGGGGGGCCCUCGGGGGGGGGGCGCUGCACCUGCUGCACCCGCAGGGGGCGCUGCACCUCCGCCGCCUCGCCCGCCGGCACGGGCCCGUCCUGCGCAUGCGCCUGGGGGAGCGCGACGUGCUGGUGCUGAGCUCGGCGGGGACCAUCCGGGAGGCGCUGGCCCGGCACUGGGGGGACUGGCUGGGGCGGCCCCCCAGCUACCUGGCGGCGCUGGUGUCUCGCGGGGGGCGGGACCUGGCGCUGGGCGGGGCCUCCCCGGGCUGGCGGCGGCAGCGCGCGCUGACGCGGGGGGCGCUGGGCCGGGCGGGGGCGGGGCGGCUGCGGCCCCUUCUGCAGCGCCAGGCGGGAGCGCUGUGUGCGGAGCUGCGUUCCCACGGGGGGGCCCCCCUGGACCCCUUUGAGGUUUUCCCCUUCCACACGUGCAGCACCAUCGGCCGCCUCCUCUUCGGGGAGCUGCUGCCCCCCGAGGCCGAGCUCCGCGCCUUCACGCGCUGCCUGGUGGAGCUGCUGGCGGUGUGGGGCAGGGGCAGCGUGCGGGCGCUCGAGCUGCUGCCGCUGCUGCGGGUCCUGCCCAACCCGGGGCUGCGGGAGCUGCUGCGCCUGGUUGAGCGCCGCGACGCCUUCGUGGAAGCUCAGAUCCGGCGGCACGAGGAGUGCCCGUCCCCCCCCGGGGACACGGUUCUGGGGGUGCUGCAGGGACGGGACCCCCGUGUCCGGGGAGGUCCCUUGAGCCCCCCCCGCCUCCACAUGGCCCUGGUCGAUCUCUUCAUCGGGGGCACCGAGACCACGGCUGCUGCGCUGGCCUGGGCCGUCGCCUUCCUGCUGCACCGCCCCGAGCUGCAGGAGCGGCUGCGGGCAGAGCUGCGGCGGGAGCUGGGUCCCACCGGGACCCCCCAGGCGGGGGACACCGGGCGCCUGCCCCUCCUCCACGCCACCGUCACCGAGACCCUGCGGCUCCGGCCCCCCGCCCCCCUGGCCCUGCCCCACUGUGCCCGCCGCCACACCAGCGUCGGGGACAUCACGGUGCCGGCUGGCUCCAUCCUGGUCCCCAACCUCCUGGCUGCCCAUCAGGACCCCGACACCUGGCACCACCCCGAGGACUUCCUGCCCGAGCGGUUCCUGGAGCCGGGGGCUCCCUGGCGGGCGCUGGUGCCGUUCGGCUGCGGGGCCCGAUCCUGCCUGGGGGAGGGGCUGGCACGGGCCGAGCUCUUCGUCUUCCUGGGCAAGAUCCUGCAGGAAUUCCGCCUGGAACCCCCGGCCCCGGGGGUCCUGCCCUGCCUGGACGUAUCGGCAGGCACCGUCCUGCGCUGCCCGCCCUUCCGCGUCCGCAUGGUGCCCUGCCAACCCCCUGCCUAACCAAGCGCGGGCUCCUGGGACUGGGCCGCUAUGCCUGGUGCUGCCUGCUGCCUGCACUCCUGGCUGCCUGGUGCUGCUCCUGCCUGCACUCCUGGCUGCCUGGUGCUGCCUGCACCCCAGCUGCCUGCACUCCUGGAUGCCUGGUGCUGCUCCUGCCUGCACUCCUGGAUGCCAGGUGCUGCCUGCUGCCUGCACUCCUGGCUGCCUGGUGCUGCCUGCACCCCAGCUGCCUGCACUCCUGGACGCCUGGUGCUGCUCCUGCCUGCACUCCUGGAUGCCUGGUGCUGCCUGCACCCCCAGAUACCUGGGUGUCCCCCCCUCACCGCCCCAACACCUGGUUCACCGGGGGGCGGGGGUUACAGGCAACCUUUAUUCCCCUCCACCCCUCCAUAAAAGCUUCGCCUCUGCCCCUC